GGCUCUGGUUCGUAUCCCAACUCGCAGUGUAUGGAUUCGUCUUGUCUAACGCGAUGUUUACAGGCCGCAUUUGCAGCUCUUUAUGCUCUCUUGAUUCUAGGCGUCCAGGGUGGAAUUGGUGGCAGCAUCCUUCAGGCGACGCUACCCGGGAUCGCUAGCGCCCUCAAAGUACUCUUUUUCCUGGAAAUUAUUUACGUUGUUCUUACUUCCGCAAUGAAAGGAAGCAUUGCUUUGACCUUCAUUCGGCUGUCGCGUUCGAGGAUCCUGACUAAACUCUUUUGGGUAUCAAUUGGCUUAGACGUGGCCAUCAGCCUUGCCUUCAUCAUCUACUUGUUGGUCCAGUGCCAGCCGAUUGAUUUCGCAUGGAGAAUGCUGGAUGCGGAUGCAAGGGGACACUGCCUGCCACUCACUGGUCAGCUCUAUAUGGGAUAUGCGCUGUCCAUUGUAACGGCAACUCUGGAUGGUCUUUUGAUGAUUUCACCGUGGCUCAUGAUGAGAGGCCGCAACCUGAACUCAAGGUUGAAGAUGUACAUCUACGGCAUCUUCGGAUUGGGAAUUCUCGCAACGAUUGCGAAUAUCAUUCGCCUUGUGGCACUGGUCAAACUCAAGGGCUCAAAGGACCAACUUGGUAUGUGGUGAUGUCUCCAGUCUGGCUGAUGUAAACUAACUGUGGUCACAGUCGACGCAGCCCCCGUAUUCAACUGGU